AGCAGCGUUUAAUCCAUUUCCGCGAGUCGAUUCUCAUUUUUCGUAUGAAUAAUCGCCUUAUUCGUAAUGGCGGUCUUCGCUUGCGGCGAAAUCUAAGACUACACAUGAUGUUAAUGAUAUAUUAUACUUUCAAUUACAUUUAAAUAAUUGCGAUUGUGUUUUUUAUAUCCACUACAUAGUUAUAUUUGUACACAAAAUUUCGUUUCAAGUGUAAUUUCAAGACUGGUGUUAAACUUAUUAGGCAACAAUCUGUGCACUGUAAAUGACUUAACUUUUUCUUUACACGUGAAGAUUGUUCUGUCAUGUUACAUAAAAUAAUAACAUUGAAUUCAGAAAUACAGAAAUGUCUGUGCAUUAUAAGUUUAAAAGUGCUUUGGAUUACGACACUGUUACUUUCGACGGCUUACACAUUUCUGUUGGCGAUUUGAAAGCGGCUAUCUCACAACAAAAACGUAUCGGAAAAACGUCCGAUUUUGAUUUGCAAAUAACUAAUGCCCAGACGAAAGAAGUGUAUUCGGAUGAUAAUACAUUAAUUCCUAAAAACACAUCACUACUGGUAGCGAGAGUACCCCUAUCACAGCAGCCAAAGAAACAGUGGGAUAGUGGUAAUAAUCAAGGAGCACCCAUCAAAGAUGUAUCAAUUAACAAAGGCCUGGCUGAUUUGUCUCGCAUGGAAGGCAGUGAGCAAGAUAAAAUUAAUGCUAUGAUAUCUCAGUCCACCUUUGAUUAUGAUCCCAGCAAUUAUCAAAAGAUUCGUGGUCAAAAUCAAAGAGGUGUAGUGCCAAAUAAUUAUACUUGUUUUAAGUGUCAGAAGAGAGGGCAUUGGAUAAAAGAUUGUCCUAUUGCAAAUUCUAGUGAUCCAAUAGAAAUCAGACGAAGUUCUGGGAUACCUCGUAGUUUUAUGGUCCCAGUAGAUGGUCCAAAAGCACCAGGAGCCAUGAUGACACCAAGUGGAACGUUUGCUGUGCCAGCAGUGGACCAUGAGGCAUAUUUAGCAUCAGAAAGUGCCGUUGGUCCUGAAACUCUGCCAAAUACACCAGCUGCUCCAGAACCGACUAUACCUGAUGAACUAAUAUGUAGCCUAUGCAGAGACCUUCUCACAGAUGCUGUUAUGAUACCAUGCUGUGGCAAUUCUUUUUGUGAUGAAUGUAUAAGAGGUGCUCUAUUGGAGUCAGAAGACCAUGAAUGUCCUGACUGUCGUGAAAAGGAGAUAGCACCUACAACUUUGAUACCCAAUAGAUUCUUAAGAAAUUCAGUAUCAUCAUUCCGCAAUCAGACAGGUUAUAGCCGCAGGGCUCCACAUAGACCCUCUGCUGCGCCAGUGCGGCCUGCUGUUGCAGAACAACCACCUGUCGGCCCUGGUCCACCAUCAAAUGGAGCUGUUCAACAAGCGCCAUCAAAUGAAGCAGUAGAGGAGAAACCUCCAGAGAGGCGUGAGGGGAAGCGUGAGGGGGCGCGGGCCGGGGACGAGUCGGAUGGAUCCGCGGACGACAACAUCACUGUCACCGUGCCCCCUGCGCACACGCACCAACCCCCUUCGGGCCCCCACGCUCCCCAAGGACCCCACGGGCCCGCACCCCACGGAGCCCCAGGGCCCCACCCGCCCCCAGCCCCACACGGGCAUCGCGCGCCAUACAACAGACACGACCGGCCGCACCGAUCGCGCUACGGACCAUCUAAAAAUCAACCAAUGGAAGGCCAUGGAAAUAUGUCGAGGGGAGAUCAGCAAAGGGCUAGCACUCCAACAAUCGACGAACGAAGGGAUCCGAUGUCGUCACAGGUUAUCUACAAUCGAGCACCACCGCAAUUUAUGCCAGGGGUUCCUCCACCGCAUUAUAAUAAUCCACCAUACGGACGACCAAUCGGACGUCCUUAUGAUCGCUUCCCGGGUCAAGACCCGUAUCAGCCACCACCGCCUGGUAUUAAAGACUCACCUAAUGGGCGCAGCGAGGAUCCGCUAGAGGCGUUCAAUCGCAUGAUCCGCGAGAAGGAGAUGCGCGCAAAGCGGCGGGAAGAGGAGCGGCGUCGGGCGCAGUCCGGCUCGCGCAGCGCGUCACGCUCGCGUUCCCCCCGCCCCCCGCGGGGCUCGCGCUCCCCCCGGCCCCCGCGCGGCUCCCGCUCCCCGCGCGCCCCCCGCGGCUCCCGCUCUCCCCGGCCCCCGCGCGGGUCCCGCUCGCCGCGCGCCCCGCGGGACUCCCGCUCGCCCCGCUCCCCGCGGUCCCCCCGCGCGCGCCCUCGCAGCCGUGGCUCCAGUAGACUACGGUAUAAUUCUAGAUCUCGGUCGAUGUCCCGCGGUCGCUUGCGUCGAUCCCCGUGGUCUCCGAGACGAAGACGUUCUCGAGACAGAUCAUUGUCUUUAUCACGCACGCCGUCCCCGCGUCGUCGCGUCCGCUCGCCGAUCCGCUACCGCUCAGCGCUGCGGUCGCCGGGCGUGCGGUCGCCGCUCCGCUCGGUGGUGCGCACG